AACGAAGGGAGAGUAACCUGCAGCAUCAUUCGUCGAGGACAUGAAAGGUCCAAUAGAUGCAAUGCCCAAGGAGACCUCUUGGAUGGAUCCGCCAGCACCUAGCAGUCAGGGCUAAACUGAAGAGUUUACACGGAGGGUUCCACCGUCGAACCAAGUUACAUUGCAAAAUGAGGAUAGCCAUCCAAGGUUGCUCGCACGGUGAGCUGGACAGCAUAUACGCUUCCAUCAAAAAGGCAGACGAACAGGAUGGAGCCAUGACCGAGCUCGUCCUGCUCUGUGGCGACUUUCAGGCGAUCCGAAAUCCAGCCGAUCUGCACUGUCUAGCGGUGCCGGAAAAAUACAAACGAAUGGGCGAUUUCCAUCGGUAUUACUCUGGGCAGAAUACAGCACCGUAUCUGACCAUUGUCAUCGGUGGUAAUCACGAAGCAAGCAAUUAUUUCUGGGAGCUCUUCAUGGGCGGCUGGCUAGCCCCGAAUAUCUACUACCUCGGCGCAGCAGGCUGUGUCUCGUUCAAGGGCCUCGUCAUCGCUGGCAUCAGCGGAAUAUACAAGAGUGGGGACUACCAUCGUGGUCGCUUUGAGCGCAUGCCGUACAGCCCGUCCGAUGUCAGGAGCAUCUAUCACACACGUAAAUUUGACGUACAGCGAUUGGCUUUGUUGCCGGCACUUUCAAUCAACCCGGACAUUUUUCUCUCGCAUGACUGGCCGAAUACGAUUGAAGCCCAUGGUGACGUUGGCGCGCUGAUUCGACGCAAGCCAUACUUCAAGGACGAGAUUCACUCUCGCACGCUCGGUAGCCCGCCAUUGAUGCAGCUUCUGAGAAACAUCAGGCCGCGCUAUUGGUUCUCGGCGCAUUUGCAUGUCAAAUUCGCGGCAACAUACACGCACACUGAGGACGGCAAGCUAGGAAACAAGCAGGAAGGAGGGCAGGAACAAGGAAAUCAUAGCACGGAAGCAUCAUUAUGGGCUGGCGCAAAAAGUCAGUUGCUCGCUAGGUCAGCGGCCGCCAUAGAGUUGACACAUGGUCCACGAGAGACGGCAGCAGAAACGACCUCGGAGGAACCUCCUACCACGCGCUUCCUUGCUUUAGGAAAGUGCGUCCCUAAUCAGGAAUUUUUGCAAAUCCUCAAUAUCGAACCUCAGAGUCACACAUUACCUGAUGUAGCAAGUUCAGGCGGCCUUGAAUUCGUGCCAGGGUGGCUUGCCAUUCUGAACGCCACACAAGCCCAACUGAGCUUCGAGCACUCACAACGCGACAUCGUCGUGCCACCCACGGACGCCCUGCAGGCUCAAUUGCCCAAGCUAGCAACGGCCCCCGUAGCGUCAGAGGGAAGCGCAGGCGGAGCGAAUGGAAAUGGCAAGAUCAAGUCAAUCAGUGACGUCCAACAAUUCGUUCCUACCGCAAAUACUCUGCUCGGCUCAUUGCAGCAGCCAUCUGAUGGGCCGCCACCGUGGUACACGAAUCCACAGACUAUUGCGCUUUGCAAUCAUCUCGGAAUCGAGAACAAUAUUAACGCGCCGCCUCGAUUCCCGCCUGCUCCUACGCCUUCCAUGCCUCGGACGCUGCCGCCUGCAUUGAUGCCAGCAGGAGCGACGGCAACAGCAUCCGCCCCGAUUGAGCAGUCAGCACAGGGAGCGCCCAGAGCGGAAGGGGCGAAUGCACCAACGCCCGCAGAUGCUGCAGACGAGAUCAAGCGCAUUAAAGACGCAGCAGCCGCUCGUAAGCGCAAGAGGGCCGAGAUGGCGGCGGUGGCGACGGAUGGAGCUAAAGGUUCAGCCGGUUAAGAUAGUCUGGAUGUGGUUUUCUGGACGUGUGCACUUAGUGAGCAUUUUACAGGGGGUUCGAGUAGUCCAACUGAUACAUUGCAAAUGACAACCUUGACUAUCUUAAAACAGCAAUGUGUAUGUAGUUGGCAAGACC